AUGGCCGUGUCGUUUGCGGCAUACUUUGACUCGCAGCACCUGUCCGAUGCCGAGGUCCGCUUCGUGGACGCCGGCAGCGGCGGCAGCUGCCUCCUGGCUUCCAUACCCAGCCACCAGCUCGUCCUGAAAAACGCCAGCGAGCGCUGGACGGCCGAGCUCGAGCGGUGGCAGCAGCAGGAGAGCACGAAUAGCAGCGGCGGCGGCGGCGGCGGCGCGGGCAAGGCGGCGGUGAGUGUCGCCCUGGCGGGUGAGCACGAGGUGCCCCUGGGGCGCACCCUGCUGCGCCUGCUGUACACAGGCGAGCUCGAAGAGUGCGGCGGCGGCGACUGCGGCGGCGGCGGCAGCAGCAGCAGCAGCGAGCCGGCGCUGCUGCGGCUGCUGGAGCUGGCGCACUGCUCGCUGCUGACGGGCGCCAUGAGGGUGGUGUGCACCGCGCUGGCGGCGCUGGCGGCUGGGGGCGGCGGCCCGAGCUGGGGCGCAGUCGAGACGCUGUUGGCAGCCCCAGACGACCUCGCUGAGCUGGCGGAAUUCCAGCCGCUGAGUCAGCACCUGGAGGAGGCGGUCUUCAAACGCCUGGGCGACCUGGAAGUGGCGUUGGAUGACGACAGCAGCACCGCCGCGCUGCAGCGCCUGCCAGCGGCCGCGCUGGCGCGCCUGCUGUCGAGCAGCGCGCUGCAGGUCGGCAGCGAGUGCAGCGUGGUGGCGGCGGUGGGCGCGUGGGUGGCCGCGCGGGGCGGCGCGGGCUGCAUACGUCCAGAGGUGUGCCUGCAGCUGCUGCGGUGCGUGCGUAUUGCCCAGCUGCCGCUGUCCUACUGCCUGGGAGCCCUGCUGCGUCAGACCUGGGUCAUCAGGGUGCGGGCGCGCAGGCCGGCAGCGGCAGGGUCUGAGGCGGACAUGCAUGUCAUGCAGGCCAUCAGCCUGCUGGCAUUGCCCGAGGCAAUGGCGCCCCUCAGGGAAAUGCAGCUCUCGGCCACAAACGCUGCCUUCCGCGCGCUGUGGCGCCUCUGGGCUGGCAAGGGGCCGCGGCAGCCUUCAGCGCGGCCGCAAUUGUCGCUGGACGCGCCGGCGGUCGGGGAGGCGCAGCUGAGGGCGAUGUUUGAGGCCGUGCAGCUGCAGCUGGGGCGGCGGCCGCCGGAGGGCGCUCCUGCGCCCGGGGCAGUGCAGCGGCAGGCGGGCGCUUCGAGCGGCGAGAAGCGCGGGGGCAGCGGCGCCGGCAUGGCGGGCGCAAGGAAGCGCGGGAGGCGGCAGGGGCAGCAGCAGCUGCCGCAGGAGCGGCAGCAAGGGCAGGAGGAUGCAGAUGCAGCAGGGGAGGAGCCUGACCCUGACCACAGUGCGAGUUGCUCCGCGCGAGAUGCCGAGGCAGCCCAGGUCUCGUUUUGGGGCGGCUUCUUCUGGUGCAUUGCCUUGCGCUGGGUGCCCGUCAGCAGCCGGGGCGGCGCGCCGCCGCAGCUCCAGCUGCAGCUGACAGUGACUGCCCGGCAUGCGUGGUGCAAGCGGGGCGUGGCGCUGCGGCUGCUCGGCGUCAGCAGCGCGGUCAAGUCCUACAAGCGGCAGCCUGGGGGAACUGCAUUAGCAGCUGCGGGCAGCGCGGCUCAAAGCCAAGGGCAGGGCAGCAGCAGCAAGGGGCCGGCGCGCCUGGCCGGCGUCUACCAGCUGCGCGCGCCGCAGAACCUGUGGGCGGCCGGCGACGGCGCGGCGCCCAGUUCGCGGCAGGCGGGGCCGGCUGACGCGGCGCGGCUGGUGUUCAGCAAGUGCGUGCCCGUGGCGGUGUCCGAUUGGGUGUGCGACUGGGAAGGGGUCGAGGGCAUGCCCCUGGGCUUGGCGGACUACAUGCAGGGAGGCACCCUGCGGCUGGCUGUUGGGGCGGAGGCCUUUGAGUGA